UUCUGUCGCAGUGAGUUUCCGUGUUUUUACCGCGUUCAAAGCAACUGGGAACUCGGAAAAAUACAAAGUCAAAUCAUGACGUCAGCGAUCUUCAGCUCGGAAGGUUGGAGCUCUCCAAUUCCCACGUUGGAUUUCCGAGUUGGAUGACCGUUCAAAUAGAUUUUUCCCAGUCAGAGCUCGUUUUUUUUAUUUUUUAGAUCACAGUUGUUUUGAACUCAUUGAAGUCGGAAGUCAGAGAUUUCCGAGUUCCCAGUUGUGUUGAACGCGGCAUUAGCUACAACAACAUCUCACAUAUGCAAUGGUUGGUGUGCAGUGAUGGCUUUUAUAAAGAGGAAAGAACGAUCGAAAGAAAGGUUUUCUCUCUUGUUGCUGGACCUGGAAGAGUAUUACUUUGAACAGCACACAGUGUAUCAUGUGACAACCAGUUCAGCCAAAAAAAGAAAGAUCAGAGGGUCACUCAAAGUAUGCUCCAAAUCCAUCAUAUUUGAACCUGAGGACCAUGUGGAGCCCAUUUUAAAGAUUCCUCUCAGAGAUUGCAAAAAGAUUGAAGCGGUUGAAGAAAAGGACCAGAAUCCUUUUAAUGAGAGCAAACCAGCUGGCCUCACCAUUUUAUGCAAACAGGUUUACCUUAUCAAAGAGAACAAUGUGGUUGCACCUUACAGAGUUGAAAGGGGAGACAGUACCUUUCUCUUCCAUCUGGAAGUUUUCAGUAAAACGGAGGAUGUUGUCCAAACAUUACUUCAGCUGCAUAGGGCCUCUUGUCUGGACAAGCUUGGAGACCAGACUGCAAUGAUUGCUGCUAAUUUACAAUCCAGAUUGGCAAGAACUUCAUUUGACAAGAACAGCUUUCAGAAUGUUUCAGAAAUACCACACAUGGAAUGCGAGGCGGAGAUGGUCACUCCAUUGGUUACAAACCCUGGUCACGUGUGUAUAACUGACCAAAGCCUCUACUUCCAACCACUCAAUGGCUAUCCUGAACAGGUAGUCCGGAUCGAGCUCCAUCGAGUGAAACAAAUCUAUAAGAGAAGGCAUGGACUCAGGCCAUUGGGGCUGGAGGUAUUCUGUACUGAAAAUGACUUCUGCUCUGACAUCUAUCUGAAGUUUUACAAGACCAGUGACAGAAAUGACCUCUACUACUACAUCGCCACGUUUCUGGAGAACCACAUGGUGGAACACACAGCGGAGAGUUACAUGCUGCAGUGGCAGCGGGGUCACCUCAGUAACUACCAGUACCUUCUGCACCUCAACAACCUGGCUGACCGCAGCGGCAACGAUCUGUCUCAGUACCCCGUUUUCCCCUGGAUCAUCGCUGACUACAACAGCACAGAGCUUGAUAUGAUGAACCCCGCAACUUUCCGUGACCUGAGCAAGCCUGUGGGAGCGCUGAAUAAAGAGAGACUAGAGAGAUUGUUGUCCCGGUACAGAGACAUGCCUGAUCCUUGUUUCAUGUACGGCAGUCAUUACUCCUCUCCAGGCUAUGUGCUUUUCUACUUAGUCAGAGUAGCCCCAGAACACAUGCUGUGUCUUCAAAAUGGCCGCUAUGACAAUGCAGACCGCAUGUUCAAUAGCAUUGGAGAAACGUGGAAAAAUUGCUUAGAGGGUGCAACUGACUUCAAAGAGUUGAUCCCAGACUUCUAUGGGAAUGACCCCAGCUUUCUGCUAAACUGCCUUAGUCUGGAUUUGGGAAAGAAGCAAGGUGGAAGCUCGGUUCAAGAUGUAGUUCUUCCGCCAUGGGCUGCAGAUGCCAGUGAUUUUCUUCAGAAGAGUCAGAAAGCGCUGGAGAGUCAGUACGUGUCAGAACACCUGCACGAGUGGAUCGACCUGGUGUUUGGCUUCAAGCAAAAAGGAAGUGAAGCCGUGGCAGCCCACAAUGUGUUCCAUCCGUUGACAUAUGAGGGUGGCAUUGACUGUGAUAGUAUAGAGGACCCCAAUGAGAAGAUUGCUAUGUUGAUUCAGAUCCUGGAGUUUGGGCAAACCCCGACGCAACUGUUCACCACCCCACACCCGCAGAGGAUAACACCCAGAUUCCAGAGCAUAUCGCGAACACCCAGUGUAAACACACCCCUCAACGAGCUUUCUCCAGCAUCCACCAGUGAGGACUCCUCUUUUGAAGACCUAACCGAAGAGACUAGGAGACUGGCUUGGAACAACAUAGCUAAACUCAAGUUGAUGUCCACCCACAAAAUCCAUAAAGAGGCUGUGACAGGCAUCGCAGUGACUCGGACCGCGUCGUCUGUCUUCACAACAUCACAAGACUCGACACUGAAGAUGUUCUCCAGAGAGUCUAAUGGAUUGCAGAGAAGCAUGUCCUUCUCCAACAUGGCAUUAUCGUCGUGCUUGAUGCUACCAGAGGAUAAGGCCGUAGUCUGCUCCUCGUGGGACAAUAAUGUGUAUUUCUACUCGAUACCAUUUGGCAGGCGUCAGGACACGUUGAUGGGCCAUGAUGAUGCCAUCAGUAAGAUGUGCUGGAAGGACAACCAGCUUUACACUGCAUCCUGGGACUCUACAGUCAAGGUUUGGCAAUGUGACUCUGUCGAUAUCGCGAAUAAUAAGAGAUGCCAAUUCGAGUUGCUGGCAGAGUUUGAACACGAAGCGGGGGUGAACACUAUUAACCUAAACCCAGCGGGUACUUUGUUGGUGUCAGGGACUAAGGAUGGAACCGCCACCAUUUGGGAUACCAGUAGCUCAGUACAACUCCAUCAAGUCCACUGUCAUUCAGGAAAGAUCCACGAUAUGGCCUUUAGUCCUGACAGCAGACACAUCUUGAGUGUAGGAGAGGACUCGUGUCUGAAGGUAAUCGACGUCCAGACAGGCAUGAUGAUCUCAUCUGUGCAAGCUGAUGAGGAGCAGCGGUGUUUCUGCUGGGACGGGAACACGGUCCUGUCGGGCGGUCAGUCCGGACACCUCCAGGUCCUGGACCUGCUAAGCAACAAAGUGACCACCAGGAUCCCUGGACAUUCAGGUGCAGUCACAGCGAUGUGGAUGAACGAGCAGUGUAGCACGGUGAUCACAGGUGGCGAAGACAAGCAGAUCAUCUUCUGGAAACUUGACUGUUGACCACGGUGCUAGAUAGUCCCUCUGUACGUGUAUGUACAGAGGUGAAGUCCAAGAGGGACACUCACAAUGAGACAUCUUUUAUACUGUCUGGCUCCAACCAAAGAGGCUAUCAUCGUCGGUCAAGGUAACUACUUAGGCUGGCUGGCCUGCUGGCUGGCUCACCCAGAGAUGGUAACGCAUUAUCAUUGCACAUAUGACUUUACAAAUAUACUGGUCCAGUUAGCAGGGACAACAAUCAUACUCCUGUCUGGAGUUCUCAAACAAAAUCUAAUUAUGAACAAUAUAACCAUCCUCAACCAUGUUAGCGUAACAUAUUAACCAUCCUCAACCAUGUUAGCGUAACAUAUUAACCAUCCUCAACCAUGUUAGCGUAACAUAUUAACCAUUCUCAAUCAUGUUAGAGUAACAUAUUAACCAUCCUCAACCAUGUUAGCGUAACAUAUUAACCAUUCUCAAUCAUGUUAGCGUAACAUAUCGGCCAUCCUCAACCAUGUUAGCGUAACAUAUCGGCCAUCCUCAACCAUGUUAGUGUAACAACUUGGCCAUCCUCAAUCAUGUUAGCGUAACAUAUUGGCCAUCCUCAAUCAUGUUAGCGUAACAUAUUGGCCAUCCUCAAUCAUGUUAGCGUAACAACUUGGCCAUCCUCAACCAUGUUAGCGUAACAUUGGCCAUCCUCAAUCAUGUUAGCGUAACAUAUUGGCCAUCCUCAAUCAUGUUAGCGUAAUAUAUUGGCCAUCCUCAAUCAUGUUAGCGUAAUAUAUUGACCAUCCUCAACCAUGUUAGCGUAACAACUUGACCAUCCUCAACCAUGUUAGCGUAACAACUUGGCCAUCCUCAACCAUGUUAGCGUAACAACUUGGCCAUCCUCAACCAUGUUAGCGUAACAUAUUGGCCAUCCUCAACCAUGUUAGCGUAACAUAUUGGCCAUCCUCAAUCAUGUUAGCGUAAUAUAUUGACCAUCCUCAACCAUGUUAGCGUAACAACUUGGCCAUCCUCAACCAUGUUAGCGUAACAACUUGGCCAUCCUCAACCAUGUUAGCGUAACAUAUUGGCCAUCCUCAACCAUGUUAGCCAAUAGAAAUGUCAAUUUGAAACCAGUGAGGGUGGUAUGGCGAUGAUUAGAUUCUGCACAUGCCCUCUUGCAGCAUUCCCAUGCUAAUUUUGCACUUCAAUGCUUUUGCCAGACAGUGAGUCAACCCAGGUUUCUUUAGAUUUGUUUUUUUACAUUAUCUUACUGUACAGCAUAUUUUGCUUUUCUGUCUAUUGUUUAAGCGUUCAUUCAGUUGUCAUAGUGCCUUAGUGACUGGCCAUUUAAUCAUGAUGUAAUUGACCACAUAGUGGUCGGAAUAAACCUCUGGCACAAAACAAACUGUAUAGCAAGCAGUGUUUCAGAAAUAACUGCAGUAGAGAUUAUCAUGACAAUAAAUAAAUGUACAAUGUAACACACUUUGAGCACCUGGAAAAGCUCUAUAUAAAUCCACUCCAUUCAUAGUAUUAUUAAAUACACACGUGCUACAUAAAAAUAUAUUCAUUCGAUUUAUUUUCCCCACAAUUUUCAUUUGAGAGCAGCAGUAAUUCAUUGCUAAUGCAUGGAAAAUGUCCAAGAGUUAUUGUAGACACACAAAAAAAGGAAUAUAUUAAUACACCUAACUGUUGAACUUACACUGAGGCAUAAUUCAAAAUAAUGUUUAUAAGCGCUUUGGCCCAACUGUAUUUGAGGAACUGCUUUACUGAGACUGAGUAGACUCAGGAACUCUCACCCAUGCAAAGAGUGCAUUUCUUUCAAGUUUGUCAACCUUGUUAUAGCAAGAUAAAUGUGUGUGUUACUGAAGCGUGGUGCUAUGGCAUAGACUGCCAAUGCACUGUGUAGCUAACCAUAUACCACCCUGUACAUCAAUUUUAACAGAGAUGACCCAUCUUGUUUUAUUACUUUAGAUUUUAUUUACAUUAUGUGGAGCUUAAACCUGUAUUAACAAGGUAGUUACAUAGCCAAGUACUGUAGAAUGUAAUUGCAGUAUUGGAACAUAGUUUUAAGUACUAUGAUACAUGUUUGCCAUUUGUGUAAAAUUACACAUUUAGACUUUUUUUAUAUGCAUCGGAUUUGUGAGGGAAACCUCCAAUUUAGAUGUGGUUUAACCUCCCCUUUUCCUAGAAAUAUUGCUUUCGAUUGCACAGUUGUCUCCACUGUGAUCAGUUUAUUUGCGAGUCCUUGUAAUCCUUAAACAGGUGUAACAGUUGUAAGUAAUAUGUAACAAAAUGUACUCAGACUCUAGUACCACUACUAGCACUGCAAGUAAAAGCUGCCAGCAGCAUUUGGCCUAAUGGGAAGUAGCUAAAAACGAAGCAGUGCCCUCCUAGUGACGUAAGUGAAUGUAUUUGAGUGAGAUUGCUGAGAAAAACUAUGCUGUAAAUCGGGAUGUCUACUAUCUUUCAGGCCUCAGGGCUAACGGUGUUAUGUUGCUGCAGUAUGUCCUCCCAGCUUUUGUGUACUGUACAGAUCCUGCUCAAUAAAAUAUUGCACAUCUGUGAA